AUGCUCACGGUGACGACUGAAUAUAUGUCCACUGAAGAUAAUGGAUCGGAUUACGCAUCGGGAAGAAGUGGAACUUCAUGUAAUUUUGAUGCAGAGGAGCUCAGCAAGACACUUCUACCAAUCAUCUAUUCAAUUGUUUUCAUCCUGGCUUUCAUAGGCAAUGCAUUAGUUAUACUGAUAUUAGUCAAGUACAAGAGAUACAAAGAAGUGACCAAUUUUUACCUUUUAAAUCUGGCCAUUGCCGAUCUAAUCUUUGCAGCGACAAUGCCGUUCUGGGCUCAUGAAUCGGCCAAUGGCACGUGGAUUUUUGGUAACAUCAUGUGCAAACUCGUCACCGCUUUUUACAGUGUUAAUUUUUACAGCGGGAUUUUUCUCCUGGUGUGCAUGAGCAUUGACCGUUUUAAUGCCGUGGUCCUUGCCACAAAGUUCAACAAAAUAAGGAGGCUGCAGAAUGUGAAAUAUAUAUGUGCAUUUGUGUGGGGAUUUGCAUCUUCCCUGAGCAUUUUUGAUAUCGUUUUAUGUCAAGCCCAAUCCUUUGAUGAUGGUAUUACAAUAACUUGCGGACACAACAUUGACAGCAACAUUCUUGACUGGAAAUUGGGACUGGCAAUUGUUCAAAACAUCUUUGGUUUCUUGAUACCAUUUAUAAUCAUGCUCUCGUGCUAUUCCAGCAUAACAAUUACCCUCAUGCAUACCAAAAACUACAAAAAGUUAAAGGCAUUUUACGUAAUUCUGGCGGUGGUGUUGGCUUUCUUCUUCUGCUGGCUGCCCUUCAAUGUCAUCAUGUUUAUAGAGGCGUACCUGGGAUACAAUGAUGCGAUGACAUGCGAGGCUCAAACAAGCUUAAUGUAUGCCAAGCAAGCUGCAGAGGGCAUUGCCUUCAGCCACUGCUGCCUCAACCCAUUUCUCUAUGCAUUCAUCGGCAUCAAGUUCAAAAUGAUUUCAUGCGGCUGCUCAGCGAAGUCAGAUUGA